GAAACUUAUGUGAUUUCUCGUUUACCAUACGUUCAAAGAUUUUUUAUUAAUAAUUGAUGGAAUUAAAAAGUUUUGGAAGAGGGAGAGGUGCAUCGAUCAAGAAAAUCUCUAAAGCCCAGCUGCUCAAUCUGUUUGUCAAUGGCGGUUCACUCCGAUUACGUAGAAGAACAAGACCACAAGAAGCCAUUCAGCGCCGUCCUCGACCGCUCUGAACCACUGGUGUUUCUUCAGAAGGUGUUUGAGUUCGUCGCGAGGGAGAGCGACCUGUUCAAGAGUAAUUCGGAUGUCAGUGCGGUGUUCAAAAUGAUCAGGAGUAGAAUGGAGGAAUCACGGAAGAAUGCUGCUGUGCAGCUCAACCAAACUAAACCUGAACAACAGGCUAAGGCUCCUAACAAGUUAAACGACCUCGAUAUGGAAGCAGAGGAGAAGAAAAGGAAGGAAUCAGAGAAGAAGGCUGCAUUGAGGAAGAAGGAAGAGGCUUUGAAGGUGAAGGAGGCAGGAACUAAACCUGAAGAAGAGGCGAAUGGGCCUCGAGCUCCUAACAAGUCAAACGGCCUCGACAUGGAUACAUACUCUUGGGGCCAAUCUCUUCAAGAGGUUAACGUUUAUGUUCAUGUGCCACCUGGAACAAAGCCGAGUCUUAUUGUUUGUGAAAUCAAGAAGAACCAUCUGAAAGUUGGGGUUAAGGGUCAGCCUCCAGUUAUUGAUGGUGAACUUUUUAAUUCUGUCAAGGUUGAUGACUGUUUUUGGAGUUUAGAGGACCGAAAAUUUCUCUCCAUUGUCUUGACUAAACAAGAUGGGAAGGAAUGGUGGAAGUAUGUGGUUAAGGGUGAGCCGGAGAUUGAUACUAGGAAGGCAGAACCAGAACCUAGCUUUAUAGCUGAUUUGGAUCCGGAGACACGUUCAACUGUGGACAAAGUGAUGUUCGACCAACGACAGAGAAAAAUGGGCCUUCCAACCAGUGACGAGAUGCAGAGGAAGGAGAUCAUGGCUAAGCACCUAGAAAUGGCAAAGACCAACUAAGGAUUCAAGCAUAUGCCAUCUAUGAAACUUGCUGGACAAACUUUUUUGUAGAUGUCUCCACUAUUAAUUUUUCUGUGAUCUCUCUUUGGAGUAGAAAAUGAGUUGAAGAUUGUCUAAUCAUAGCCUCAAGGUUAUAUGUGAAAGUGAAUCAACCUUUUACUGUAUUCAACAGUGUAGUGUGGACCAGUCAUUGAUUUGCACACUAAUAUGAAUAUUCUUGGAAGAAAAGAAUAUUCUGUAAAUAAUAAUACUAUAUGUAAUUAAGAAUU